UCACAACGUCAUUUAGCAACAAAUCACCCUGCCUCUAGCAACUUCACCUGAAAAUUAGUUGGCAACACUGGUCAGAAGACUACUAGCGCAAAGUCCUCCAACAAAUUGCAGGACAGUGUAAACAUGUAACUAGCAGGCGCAUAAUUAACUUCUGAAAUUGCCAGUGUAGCAGGGAUAUGAGUUUUCGAAAAGCAUAGGUUUUUCAGUAACGCAAACCUGUUCGUAUGGCGUAUUCAUCUCAUUGCCUUCACGGUUCGCUUAUUUAAAUCGCUAUUUACUAGGCUUAUCCCAAAACAGCCAGUUUUGAUUCUGUCCGGUAGUAACAAAUCGAGAUGGACUACUUGUUACAGGUGAAAAUAGGUGCCCUCAUGGGUUUGUUGCUCCUGACGCUAUUUUUCGGAUUUAUUCCUGCUCGGCUGAAGUGGUUCAGAGAAACCAGUGGGACAGAAACCCAUCGGGUGGUCUUGAGUUUCAUCAGCUGUUUUGCCGGAGGCGUCUUCCUGGCUGCCUGUCUAUUGGACAUCAUCCCAGACUAUCUGUCAGACAUCAAUGCUGAGCUGGCUGAACGGAGGGUGGACACCAGCUUCCCUCUCCCAGAGUUCAUCAUCGCUGCAGGCUUCUUCACUGUGCUCAUUGUGGAGAGGAUUGUUCUGAACUGCAGACAAGAUGCCAUGCAAGUGUCAGACCAGGAGAGAGCACCUCUGGUGCGGGCCAAAGGGCAUAGCCAUGGACAGGGGAAAGCCGCGUCCACCGACCUGGAGGGUAGUGCCCACCACGUUCACAUGGACCUCCAGGCCCACUCCUCCUUUCGCUCGUUCAUGCUCUUUUUCUCACUCUCCCUCCAUUCUGUGUUUGAGGGCCUGGCCAUCGGGCUGCAGACCACAGACUCAAAGGUAUUAGAGAUCUGCAUUGCCAUUGUGGUCCACAAGAGCAUCAUCGUGUUCAGCCUAUCGGUGAAGCUGGUGCAAAGCGCAGUCCCGCCCAUGUGGGUUGCAGCCUACGUGGGCGUCUUCGCCAUGAUGUCUCCGCUGGGCAUUGCAGUGGGUAUCGGGGUUAUCGAGGCCCAGCUGGCGGCAGGCGUUCUGAUCCAGGCCAUCCUGGAGGGGCUGGCGGCCGGGACCUUUAUUUACAUCACCUUCAUGGAGAUCCUGCCUCACGAGCUGAACUCCCCGGAGAACCAGCUGCUCAAGGUGUUCUUCAUUCUGCUAGGCUUCAGCGUCAUGGCGGUCCUCACCUUCCUGGGUUGAGAGCAUGUCACCCACUGGGGCAACUGACCUAGCAGGAAUAUGGGUGUGGCUCAUAUGAGUCAUGGGACUUGAUGUUGUGUACUAGGGUCGCCACGAGGGGAGGUGUCUCAGGGAGACGGCCAACAUAAAAAAAAAAACGGUCCGGUUUUACUGCAGGGUGUGUGCAGGGGAGAUUACUGUGCUUGUGUUUGGCUGCGCCCGUGCGCCACUUUUAUUUGAGGGUCACAGCUGUUCUUACUCAGUAUUUUUGUUUUUAAGGUUGUGAUACUCUGUUUGUUUUUUUUAUACUGCUUUUAGCAUAGAUUUUAAUUUCACAGCCAAGGAUUGUAAGACGGUCUUAAAUUUAAGAACUUUUAAUGAUUUCAAAAAGAUUAUAUUUAGUUAGGUUCUACUUAAUUUGAUUGUGUUAGCACUGGGAAAAUGAUAAGUACACAAUGUGGCAAUAUUGGUUAUUUUUAUUCUGUGGCAUACAUACCAGUGGUUCUUAUAUUCUUUAACAAUUGCUGUUUGUAGUUUUUUUUCACUUAAUUGAGGAUCACUGGAAAAAAAGAGCUGUUCAAACUGACAUGAUUGCCUGGUCUCUUUGGAAAAUGACAGGUGUGGCAAGGAGUGGAAUGUUAGCUAAAAAGAUGGGUACCCAGACUAACAUCUCUUAAUAGUCAAAUGAAUCCGUCGCAUCAAUAUCUCAUUAUGUAUACAGGUUAAAAUGUCAAUUGCAUCAUGUUUACACUUUAGGAUGUGAGCACUUUUGCAGCCUCCACAGUUAAGUUGAAGUAUUAAAUGUUUUUUCGCUGUUGUGGAACAAAUUGUUUUCACCUUGAACUCUACUAUGCCUUACAAAUGAGAAAAGCUGUUUUUAUUGUCAAACAGCGGAUAGGUGCAAUGAAAUGUGUUUUACAGGGUCAGCCAUAGUAGUACGGUGCCCUUGGAGCAAAUUGGGAUUAUGUGCCUUGCUCAAGGGCACAUCGGCAGAUGUUUCACCUUGUUGGCUAAUAUGCAAAGACAAAACAUUGUGACCAACAUUUUAGUGUUUUUUUUUAAGACAUUGCAUGGAACUUCACAAUAUUGUCUGUGAAAUCAACAGAUGUGUUAAAUGUACCUAAGUAUAUCAAUGAUAAAUGUCUACAAUGUAUUAUUUUACAUGUGAGAUACUUGUCCUUCAGUGUUAAAACACCAUCUUGGUAUAUGUGGUUUUCACCUCGUCACUUUUUGCGUGGAGGCAUCAUUCUUGUCGUAAUCGACAUGAUGCAAUCGAGAGUGUAUUGUCAGUGCCACAUCACGAGUUUGAUACAGAGCAAUAGUCUGAUUUACUUUUUAGAGACCAUAAUAUUUAACGAGAGAUUAUGAAGUUAUUUUAAGAAGUUCAACUGAAGCACGUGUUUCCUUGACUCUGUUCCUCAUUUCUGUUGAUAGUUUCCAUACCCCAGCCACGAGUCAUGUUUCUGUUGUGUUAACAAGGCUUCAAGUUUAUAACAACACGAUCACAAGUGACCUUCUGCUUCCCUUACUCGUCCAAUCUCCUCUGACACUGUUGCAGUAAAAUAAUGAUUUUAAAAAGUUGACUGAUUUUGUUUAAAGUGUGUAUCCUUUUGGAACAUGCACUCAUGAUUACUAAGAGAAGCAUGGGGUUUUAUUUUUAGUAGGUGGGCAGGCUGCCGGAAUUGAAAUUCAGUGAUCGUCAGCCUGUGACUUGUGUACUGAAAUAACUGGAUGGUCUAAGGCUGCGUUUACACAGGCAGCCCAAUUCUAAUAUUUUGCCCAGUUAUAGGCAAAAGAUCUGAAUUUGUAAACGCAGCCUAAGUGUCCCCAAACCUAUAUAGUUACGUAUAGUGUAGCACAGGAGGCUGGUGGCACCUUAAUUGGGGAGAACGGGGUUGUGGUAAUGGCUGGAGCGAAUUUAGUGGAAUGGUAUCAAACAUGUUUUUUAUGUGUUUGAUGCCAUUCCAGCUAUUAUUAUGAGCCGUUCUCCCCUCAGUUGCCUCCUGUGCAGUGUAGGUACACAUUGUCACAUUACAAUUGAAGCAGUUUGUGGGAUGAUCAGUUUCAAACAAACGUUUUGAUAAUAGUAAUAAAAUAAUGUGAUAAAUUGGUCAUCUUGGGUAAUGAGGUUUACAGAUUGCAUGCGUAUACAAUUUUAAAUGUGUAAUAAGACAUCACAACCCACAAACCGGUGUAAGUUGAGUACUAUAUAUAUAUUUUUUUUAACUAGGCAGUUAAGAACAAAUUCUUAUUUACAAUGACAGCCUCAGAACAGUGUGUUAGCCGCCUUGUUCGGGGGCAGAAUGGCAGAUUUUUACCUUAGCGUGGGGAAUCGAUCUAGCAACCUUUUGGUUACUAGCCCGACGCUCUAACCACUAGGCUACCUGCUGCCCUGAACGGGCCCUGAACUGUAGUUACAUUAGACGUGCCUGUAACUACAAUGUUUGCCGAUUGGAUUUAUUCUGUAUAGUGUAAUUUCUAGUGGAGCAUUAGCCAUAAUUUCAAUGAGUUGAUUAAACGUCUAUGGCUUAUUAUUGAGCCAUUUGUGCCACUAGGUGGGAGUAUUGGUUACAGAUAUCAUGUCCACACUGCAUCUCCAGCUGUUGGCUGUUGACUUGUACUGCAGAAGCAGAGAGCCUGGGCGUCACCAUGCCAAGCCUACUCAUCUCCAGACAUGCCAUUGUCAUUUGCUGUCUUCUUAACUGUCUUUGAACUUUUGGUGCCAACAUGGCAUCUGUGACAGUUCCCUGGUCAUUAAAACAAAGUUAAGUUUCCAAAUUC